CGGCUCCCUCCUCCCCCAGGUGUGGAGAAGCUCAUCCGCCACCUGCGGGCACACCGCGUGCCCUGCGCCGUGGCCACCAGCUCGGGGUCCGAGUCCUUCCAGAUGAAGACCAGCAGGCACGGGGACUUCUUCAGCCUGUUCCACCACGUCGUCCUGGGGGACGACCCCGAAGUCAGGAGCGGGAAGCCAGAGCCGGACAUCUUCCUGGCUUGUGCCAGGAGGUUCUCUCCCGUUCCUCCCGCGGAGAAGUGCCUGGUCUUUGAAGAUGCCCCCAACGGGGUGGAGGCGGCCCUCGCAGCCGGGAUGCAGGUGGUCAUGGUUCCCGAUGGAAACCUGGACCGAGCCCUGACCACCAAGGCCACCCUGGUGCUGGACUCUCUGCAGGACUUCCAGCCCGAGCUGUUUGGCCUGCCGCCCUACGAGUGAGAGGCUCCCCUCGCCCACGCGUGCGGCCCACGCUGCCCGGGAAGAGGGCAGAGGGAAGCCCAGCUCCCAGUUCUUCAGCCUGUGAAGCCUUCUCGUCCCACAGGGGCCUGGCACAUGCUCUGAACGGGUGAUGCCGUGUUCCUUGGCAGAAAGCAGAGGAGGGACAGCCCAGAGCAGAGAUGGAAAUUGUCACUUGAAGAAUCAUAGAGUAUUUGACUAAUUUGAGUUCUCUUUUUUUCUUUGAUGUUCUCAACUACGGCUGGAAAAUGUAUAUGCUUUUAUGUAUAUGUAUGUGUGUCCAUAUGUAUUUAUAUACACUGUAUACUGUAUCCCCUCCCUCUCCUUCAGGUUUCAUCUUCACACACAAUAGCAGCUAAUAAAAGGAAGGGAGAAAUUGUAUUUGGUUUGUAAUCCAAGUAGGAAACCUACAUUGUGGAGGGGUUUUUAAUAAAUUGGUCUCCUGUCA